AUGGAAAACGAUGACAGGGCGGAACUGGAUGGAAGGUCGGGGCCUCGACCAGACGCUCCAUGGCACUUCGGAUGGCGUCAUUUGGGCGUCGUGUCAAGGUCAUCCAUCCACCGCGCCCAGAUUCCGUCAGAGGAGGCGCUCCAGCGGCCGCUGGGGACGCUCCGCUGCGUCUCGCCCGCCGUCUCCACGCCGACACACACCCGUCCAAACUAUCAAUCUUAUCGCCCCCAACCACUGGUGCACAAGAACUUCAGAGCUGCGUCUAAGUUGUACGCGCCUUAUGGAUACAGUCGCGUGCACUCGCACACACGUAUGGUGCUGGCGCUUUUUCGACUGCAAUUCGGCGCACCGAGCGCGAUUGUACCAUCUCGUUCGGUGACUUUCCACGGGAAAAGUGAGCAGAGCGGUGAUUACGCAACACUCGCGUCGCUCCACGUACUGUUUACGUCCAUACGG